GAGAGAGAGAGGGAGAGAGACGCUUUGACAUAGUGUGCACACACAUCAGCUGGGGUGUAAAAUGGAGCAUAUUGACUUGUAGUGAGAACAGACGCUGUUUAAAUCCCUCUCUCAGCCUCAUUCUACAGCAGCUACCCUAUAAGCUCAGGCUGUCCACUGAUGAGCAUUUACUCGACAGUGUUCUAGUGUGCGUGUGUGUCCCAGUGAGUGUGCGUGUGGUGGCACUUUGACUCUCGAACGCACUGUGCGCGCGCGCCGUGCUCUGCUUUGCCGCUCCUUUCCAGAGAGAAAGGCUUAUCAGACUCCAUGCACAGAGGCAGAGAGGCAGGCAGUGAUGAACCCGGCUCAUUAAAAAACCUCGUCCGCAGAAGCCCACCGCAGGUCACGCGCAUUACUACUACAGCCCCUCGCGUUGCUGCUUGUGCUGCCGGUCGACGGACCCCCAAAGCGCAGAGGGACACGCGCGCGUUGAGAGGUGUGGAGGAGAGGCGACCCGCGCGGUGCGAUGGAAGCGAACCCGAGCUGUUAGACGGUUCACAGGAGGAUAACGGGGACAUGGACAAAACCGGCGAGAUCUGAACUUUUGGAGCGAGGAUUAUCGCAUUCAGCCCCACAAUCUGAGCGGUACAUCGAGGGACCGGAUCACACAGUUUGCAUUUGCUUUUCAAAGGGAGAGCUCACACUAUGGCGCGCGCAGACAGACGUCUGGGGACCUGGCAGGUGCUGCUGACCAUCUCACUGGUCAUCGUCCCCCUCAAUGCUCACGGUAAGUCCGCUUCACCAUACCGGAGUCCCACCCUGUGCCUGAGUGUGUGUGAGGGUGUGUGUGUGUGUUAGUGCCAGUAAGCGCGCACGUGCGUGAAACGCAUCACACCUGCAUUGGUAAGCUCUGUGAAAAAUGGCAAAUGUCCAACAUGGAGAUGCAACUGCCAUUAGAAAUGCAUUGAUGAUCGAUUAGCUCUGAUCUUUUCUGAGGGAACACUGAGCGUUUCUAAGCCUAUUGAUAGGGACCUGCUGGGCAGUGAUUUUGCUGAUUCCAGCCUAUUCUUCUCUGCAUGGACUCAUUUACUCCAAAUCCUUGAUAAUUAAUCGCAUUUUGGCAUUUCAAAGUGUAACUGAGCCAAUACUUUAAAAUUGAAUUACAUUACAAAGACUGUCAAUCAACUGCUAGGCUGAUUGACAGAUACUAUAGUAUGACGUCUCAUGUCUGCCUUCCUUUGCUGAGUGCUAUUGGUCAUUGAUGACACUUUAAAGUAACCAGGAUUCAAUCUCAUAUUGUGGGAGAGAAAAAAAUAGGCCCACUCUCCAGUCUGGUCGUAUUUAAUGCAAAGGGCACUGACUUGUUCAAUGUUAUAAGCUUAGGCAUUGUGUGUCCGCUUUAUGAAAAAAGAUGUGUCUGUGGGUGAUCACAAGGAGAAACAGAUGUAUGACAGUAAGUCCUGCAGCUGCGUCUCGCCGCCGCGGUGCGUGGCCCAGACAAAGGCGGGAUUAGGUGCACCGUGGCCGGGCUACAGGAGACCUAUUCAUGCCGCUGAAAGGAUUGAAUUCCUCCAGACAUUCAUAGGGAUGCCCGAGACAACUGGGACGGCUUCACCUCACCCUCCCCUCGCCUUCUCGUUUACGGUCCGUCCCUUAAAACAAGCACCGUGGGAAUAAUGAACCCGCACUAGCAGUAGACGAGUAGGAGAAAUAUGGAAAUAAUGGGUAAUGUUGAUUUGAGCGCUGCCGUCGCUGCCCAGCAACAGGGUGGCUCGUGCACAUAGAGGGUCGCCAGGGUUCACGUGGGCACGCGCCGCCACUGUUUUUAACUGCCCCCCACCCUAAUUCGUCGCAUCUCUCGCCCUCAAUGUGUAACCAGGCGUUAACACAGUGACAUAUUGACCGGUAAAUAGGCUAUAAGCCUGAUAUCCCGUCUCUCACACUUAAAAGCACGUGCACGGCUGCUAAUUCAUUAAGAGCGAGGUAUAGGUUUAUCUUCAUUCAUUUUACCAGGGGAGAGGGGAGCAGACGAAGGAAAAGGCGAGAAAAUGUAUCUUUCUACUGCUAAAAAGGAAAAAUUAAUGAAAAUACAGCCUUAAAUUCGCUUUUACGAGACUACAAUGAAUCUUGGUGACUAAGAUGACGUCAUUUUCAGCAAGCCAACUUUACUGCUGCAGCUCACGCAAAGUUUUGCAGGUUCAUGGUGUUAGGUGGGUUUCCAUCACGGGAACUGGGGUCUCAAUUUUGCUACCCCCCUUAAAACCCCCUGUUUAGGGAGUACUACUUUCCAGUGGCCAAGGGACUCUCUUAGGCAGGACCCGAGGAGUCGUCGAUUCACCCAUAAAAGACAGGAAGCAAAGAUUAAAUAAUCAAAAGCUAAUCUGCUGCUGACAUGAUUCUUGACAGUGUAUUUAUAAAAAAAAAUAAAUAAUAAAAUCAGCAGAGAUUCAAAUAAAGAGCCAUGCAAGUAACUUAAUUUCCUGAUACCGUCCCUAGAUGUCAUUGGCCUUAUUUGCAUCAUUCAGCUGAGCCCAGGAACCAUUUAGUUCCUUAAAGAGAAGUCCCUGGAACCAAAAGCUCCUGGUGUUUUUGGUCAAUAAGCACCACUUAACUAAUGAGGUUAAAAUUAAGGGCUUUAUUGUGAAUUAUUUUCCAUUAUGAAUUUCUUUCCCCCUAUAAUAUGCCAGAAAAUAGGGAAUCAUGCCCAUCGAAAUAUCCUCAACAGGGAUAGAUUAAUUCAUUACUUGGACAAAUAAUCAGUCAGUUUAUGGCAUUUUGACAUAAUCAUCAUCAUAUCAACAUCGGCCCCCACAAGGUGGAUACCACUAUCAUCUUUUCAAAAUGAUAACUCUUCUUUCUCAUCCCCCAUCAACCCCAAUUUUCCAUCUACAUUUAAUUUAAUAUUUUCUCAAGUUUAGCAAUUUAUUAUUUUUAUCUGUUGGUAGUAUUUAAGUGUUGUGUUUUGUCAAAUGCCCAAAAAAUCCCAAUGGCCUUAUCUAUCGGCCAUUGGCUGACCUGCUUUCUCAUCAUCGGCCUCUGAAAAACUGUAAUCGGUCACCCUCUAGUCCUCGUGGCCUCUUUGCAAUUACUCAUGUAUGAAGGAUUAUUUCAUACAGCUGAAAGUUAUUUGCUGAAUCAUUUUCAGCUCUUGAUAAAUCCAAUCAAUCAACACACCCAUACUAACGUGUUUCUGAGGGCCGUGUAGAGCAGCAUGGAUUAUAUCCAGGCUCCAGGGUGCUCGGUGUACAUAUGAGUGUGUAUUUGUGGUCUGUGAGCCCGCUGCCUGAGCGGAUGCAUACUGUGAGGUCCAUCUGCCCUGUAGCCCCAGAAAUCUCAUGAUCUGUCACAAGUGAUCAGAUCAUCAGCAUCUCACCGACUCCCUCCGAUGCACAAUGGUGGAGGAAAAGGACUAUUUAUAGACAUGUAAGAUGGGCGGGUGUGGCAGCUCAAAUUAAAAUGAUUUAAAUGUCUGCAGUGAUGAAACAAGAAUCUCUCUGAUGAACAAUUUAUAUGCCAGCAAACAGGUUUAAGUUUGUAAGUGUUCAGUUAAGACAGCUGGGAUCCUUCAGUCUAGCCAAUCACAGUGACCUCAGGUAAAACUUGUUACCAUGGUGACAACUCAGCAUGAUGCCAGAGGUGAGACACACAGUGAGCUUCAGUUCAAGUCUCAAAUCUCACCAUUUCUAAGAGGGAAACCAAGUUGCCGGGGCGGGCAGGGGCUCGUGCAGUCAGUUUGCUCGUCUUGCUCCUGUAAUCUCUUCAUGUUCCCUUUUGCACUUGUAAUCACUAUGACAUCGCCAGCUGCUAACAGGAUGCUGCAUCUAAAUCUCAACAGGAAACAAAUUGGCAGAUUGGACCUUUUUUUAAAAUGAAAUUUGAAUCAGUCUCAAUCAGUUUAAACUUGUUGGGGUAUGUCAAUCUCUCUCCCAUACUGUGAAGUUUUCAUUCCACCGCCGUUUUUCCCAGAGAUGGAGUUGGCAUAUCAACACUUAGUGACUGGCAGGCUAAUUGAUUGAAAAACAAGAGAGCGAGAAAGCGAAACACUGGAUUCUCUGUUUCCAUUGCAACUCCCUCGCUCCACUCCUUUCAACAUGGCACCUCUUUACAUCUCACCAUGGCAACUAGGAGUGUGUGUGUGCGUGUGUUGUGUGUGUAUGAGAGGUGGAUCUCUUGGUUCCUCUGCCACCGCUAGUCUUUGUGACUCGGAGCACGUUCGGAUGGUUUUGGUAUUAGCUGUGAAUGGACCUGCCAGACACUGAAUGCAGUGAUCUCAUUGGACACAGAGAGUCGAGAGAGGCAGUGGGGGAGACGCUGACCGGCCAAGUAUUUGGUCAGUGGAAAAGUGUGUUGAAAUGAGUUCUUAAAGUUCAGUAAACUGUGGGAACAUUAACUCAAGUGCAAGAAAAUGUUCCCAAAAGACUGCAACAGCAGGUUCUUUCUUUCUUUUAGCCUUCACAUUCACCGAGAGCAAAAUUGUAUUGAUUAAUAUCUAAAAAAUUCAACACCCUAUCUCUGCACAGAAUAUCUUGAUUAAUAUCCACUUCUUGAGAAAGCCACACUCCAAAGAUAUAAACGGGUGUAAUGAUUUGCUCGACACUUAAAAUAACUGAUAGUCCCGCCGCUCUCCUUCUCUAUCUCUGCCUCUGUGACUCUGUGAAGCAUAGGAGAAGUGCCUGAGCAGCCAUCCUAACCUAUAGCUCUAAAUCCUAAUCUAAUCCUCACCCAGUCUUGGUCACUAGAGCACAUUAGUCAAUCACUCAAUGUGCCUAAUCCUGAAUCACCACGGUCUGAUUACACGGCAGUCUUCAGCUCUUGUUCUGACUUCUCUGAUAAUUAAUCAUUUAGUUUCUUACAAUGAGGGGUCCCAGUUCUUCAUAGGAAAGACAUGAAUUUCUAACUGCACAUCUUUAUUGAAUCAUGUUUGUUGAAUUUGUCGGAGUCUACGGUGAAGCGAGCCUGUACUGCCUGAAGGCAUCUCUGCAGAAUACUAUAGGGAUCAGUUUAAAUUAUUCACGUCUCAUCCUUGGGCCACAGUGUUUAUUAAACAAAACAGCACCAGUACAUGGGGAUAAGCUCCAAUCCACAACAGAAGCAUGUUGUAUGUGUGUAUUAAAGCUUUUGUUUAUCAUUUUUUAUACUCUACAUUUGCACAAGAUUACUGAGGAAAUCCCAGUGUGCUCUGUCAUUGUUGUAGUGUUGACAAUAAGAUUAGGCCACAAAGGGGAUCAAUCAAUUUUUACAUAUUUAAGUCUCUUUGCAGCUGAUGAGAGAUACCUUGCAUAUAAAAACAGCUGAUUGAUGUCUUCAGUGGCUUGAGAGCUCAUAACAGAGGACUGCUAUUUCUGUGAGGUGUUGGAGGUGUUGGACUCAUUGAGUUUUAGUGACCUCCAAGGCCAGGUCCAAGUCUGUCUGGAUGGUGGCAUUUAAGUCUGAAUAUCUCUGGUUUAGACUCUGGUUAUCAACAUUUGAGCUAUAUGGCAUGGCAAGGGGGCACCAUUGCUGUGGAUAUCAGCUCAGUUCUUAGCCAUGACACAAAGUUGUGUCAUCCGCAUAAAAAUGUGCAUGGCAAUCUGCAAAAAAAAAGCAGUGGACAUAAAAUGGAUCCCUGUGGUUCACCAUUGAGUGUUGUUAUUAACUCAGAAUGAAUAGGUCCCAAGAUUACUGCCCGCUGCCUAUCAGACAAAAAGUCUUGGCGCCAUUAAAAGCUUGUAAACUAAACCAACAUCAUCUCUCAUUCAGAGAAACAGUCAUUGUUUAAAAGUUGCAGCCCUGACAGACUAGCCUUUUUGGUAAUCUGUUUAAUAUCUUUUUGUGUCCGGCUAACAGGGAGACAUUCCCUCGGCAGGCAUCAUCACCACCAUAACAGAUCAUCUGUCAACAAGGAGGCCUUGAACACCAGGAUGGUUCUUAGUGAUGACUCAGCAGAAAAAGACCACCUGAUUGGAGCCGCGCUCACACUCGGGGCAACACUCCCACUCAGCUCCACCAAACGCCACCAUCCUCAGAAACACACCUACUUAGACUUCAUAGAGGAGGACACACCAGGAGGGGAGGAACUCACCGCUGGAGGGGGUCCAGAUCAACCAGGAAACCCUAUGGCAGAUGAUGUCAUCACAGUGGAGUUUCACAGCCCAGCGCCGGAUGUUGUCCCAUCUGAUGGUGCUCUGGAUUGGGCUAAAGUCCCUAAACCUCAGAAGCAAAAAGGCGGAGACCCUACUGCAUGGACACUCUCUGAUUUUUACGACUACCUUUCCCCUGAUGACGACCUCUCUGCGUUAGAUGCGACCCCAGAACCUGAGCCCACACCAUCACCUCCAGCUGACAUGGAGGAUGAGAACCCACUCUUGGCUGGAGCUCCUGCUGUUCCUAAUAAUGUAAAACCCAACGGGAGUCCUAAGGUUCAAAGCAAGCCCUCCUUGCCAGCUUCUUCUCGACCAGGGAUAAACAAUGGUGAUAGUAUAGGUCUUGGCGGCGCCAUGGGAGCAGACGGUUGCAGGCUGGGUUUUGUGCGCUCAGGGCCUGGAGUGUGUGUGUCUCAGUGUGACAUUGAACCCAACUUCUGCUUCAAUGGAGGGGUGUGUACUGUGGUACCAGGAAUGGGAGCUUUCUGCAGGUAAGAAAAACACAAAUAUUAUAUGAUGAAAUAAGCUAUUUUGAAUUCUCAGUUUAAUAACAGAUUAAAACUUUACCUGGUUAUAAAGAUUCAUCAAGAUCUCAUUGUAUUUGUUAAGAAAAGUUAUAAUUUCUAUGAUUCCUGAUUCGGAAAAUUUCUUUUUAAUACCCACAACAUGUUAAAGCAUAAAUUAGGGCAUUUUAAAUCAGGUGAUUAACAAUUAUAUGUUCUUGUGAUACAUUUAUAAGAACUUACGAGCAGUUUUUUGUGGCUGUAAGUAAAGUAUCAGACAAAAAUACUUCACAGCAUUGCUAUAAGCUGUUAUGAAUAAUAAUAACCACUCAAGAGAAGUGUUAUAAAGCCUUAUAGAUGUAUUUGUAAGUCUUCAUAAAUGUGGUUAUGAUGUAUUAUAAGAGGUGGGUUCAUAUAAAGUGUUACCAAACUUUCUCUAACAGGUAGAAACCCUGAGAAGAACCAGACUCAUUGGUUCUUAUGAACCCAUCAAGGGACAAGUGUAUGCAAGGGACAACAGUAGGGGUUGGCUGAUAUUGGUUUUUCAGAGCCGAUAGCAGUACUGAUUAAUGGUACUUUAUGAGACAGAUAGCCCAUAUUUGGAACUGUUAUACAAUGAUAAUAGAAAAUGAAAAUACCAAACUUGAUUUAUGGUGAGUCAGUCAGAUGUUAUUGUGGGCAGGACAUUAAAGGAGACAGUGAUGCAGAAAAACAGACCCAGAGGAAGAGACAUGGUGUUAAUGGAUUACUACAUGGGCCAUUUAUAAAAGGAGAGGCUGAUACAGAUAAUAAUCCAAAUGCCAAAUAUCAGCUCUGAUAAUCAGACCAGGCCACUACCCCCACAUCAGGGGUAUUUCAGGGAGUUCUAAGGCACCAGAACAUCCCCCCUUUUUAAUCAUCUUGAUGGGAUGAUUUCCAAUAUGCUCCCUCUCCAACACAAAAGAAGAGAUUUAGGACACUUCUGAGAGGCAUACACACACACAGGAAACACACACGCACAGAGAUAGAGAGUUGGCUUAAUGUGUCAUGAGGGUUCGUCAAGAUCACAGUGGGGUCGCCAAAGGAUUAGCUCAGUUUUGGAGGCGGGGGGAAAGGGUGUGCAGUGACAGCUGAUGUAGAGACACACAAAGAAGCAAAAAGAAAAUGACAAUGCCAUAAGGUCAGGGAAGGACUCACGGGUUACUAAACACACACACUCCUCGUGCAUGCACACACACAUUCAUACCUGCACACGCUUGUGCACGCAAACCACGCCUGGAUAGCACCAUCUGUCCUGUCCUGCAGCCUCGCUGUAAGCUUAGAGGUGAACUGUUGCUCAUGCCGGCAUACCUGCUGAGUAAUAGCAUAAACACACAAACAUUUACACACAGGCCUGCUGAGUCAUUGGAGUUCACUUCAAACACAUGCAUGUGAUUUCACAGAAAACGACAAGAAUAUGGCAAAGACACACACAUAUGCUCGCACGUAUCCUGAUCCUUUGAUCUCAUUAAGAGCUAGGCUGCAGGCCGAAUCCCCGCUUUGCUGCAGACCUCGGGACACAUGUCAUCAGUUCAAAGCAACAUUUUACACCCUUUGCUCUGGCUCACAUGCUGCCGCUAUAAAUAUUUCAAAUACACAGGGGUUCAGCAUUUGCAUUCACUUGAACUGAUUGAUUUUUUGGUCGCAGGUAUGUUUUUCUGACCACUUCACCAACUAAUAUAGGGGCAAUCAAGCUGACUAUUUUUGCCGUUUUUCCAGGUGCAACGUGCAGGACUACAUCUGGAACAAAGGCACCCGCUGUGAUUGGAUGGUGACAGAGUUCCAGGUGUUGUGCGUGGUGGUGGGCGUGUCCUCUGUGGUGCUUAUCCUCCUCUUCAUGAUCAUAGUGUGCUUUGCCAAGAGGCUGCACCGACUCAAGAACGAGAACAAACGCCUUCGCAAACGCAGGUGUGUGUGUGGGUCUGAUUGGGAGGUGAGAGAGUAAAAAUAUGCAUUGUGAAUUACACCACUGUCUGGGUGUUGAGGGAUGUGACAAUAUCUGUGUCAGGCUUACUCCUGGAAGGCUCUACAACUUCAUGGCUGUUAAGAAUGCUUACGAUAUGAGCACAGAGACAACAGGAGAGGGAGAGACAGGAGCCACACAGGGAUGUAGAAAUGUGGAGCAUUAGCAGGGGACAUCUAUUAAAUGGAAGCCUGUUUGAUUACUAUCGCCAACUCAGUUAUUCAUGUUCUGAAAUAGCGAUGAAGUGUUUUGAAUUUGAUUUGUGUGUCAACCAGACCUUAAGCAAUAUAAGACUAAUCAAUAUGAUGCCAUACAAUACUUAAUAAUUGGUAUAAGAGAAUACACUCCAAUUUAAUGAGAUAGCAUAAAGUUCUGUACCAUAUCAUAGCAAAUAAUUCAACACAAUAGACCAUGAUACACCUUGAUACACGAAGGCUAAAAAGGUGAAAUACAAUAUAACAUGAUACCAUACAAUAUGACACAACACAAGGCAACAUAGAUAUAUGAUAUGAGGUGAUGGGACACCCUAUAGAGGAAUACAAUUCUUUACAACACAGUGUUAUAAAGUACAAUACAAUAGCAUAAGACAGUAUAGUGUAGGAUACUAUAUGAUAUGAUAUGGGAUGAUAAGAUACAACUAAGUAUAAUACAAUACGAUAAGCUAGGAUACAGUAUCAUAUGAUAUCAUAGAGUGGGGUACGAUUCAAAAAGAUGCAGUUUGAUGCGACAUAUAUGAUAUAGCAUUACAUGCUCACAUAGCUAGUGAUAUGAUAUGAUAUGAUUUGAUUGGAUAGGAUAGGAUACAGUUCAGUAAGAUAUGUAUGAUAUGUAGUAUGAUAUACAGUAUUUCAACUCAAUACAAUAUGACACACUGUGAUACAGAAGGAUCAGAUAUGACACAUUACAUUACAACUGAAUACGAUAUAUUACAUUAUGAUACAUCACGAUACAAUUGGAUACAUUAUGGUAUAAUACAGUAGGAUACAGUAUGAUAUGUUAUGACUCAAAACAAUGUGACACAAUAUUUUAUAUCAUAUAGUAGGAUCAUAUUUUUCUUACAAUCUAAUACGAUAGGACAUGAUACGUUACAAUAAGAUAUGACGUGAUACAAUAAAAUUAGAUAUGUAAUGAUAUGACUCAAUGCAAUAUUUAUUACAAUUACAAUUACAGGAUUCAAUACAAUAUAACCAAUAAUACAAUAAGAUACAAUGUUAUGCAUUGUAUAUUAUUAUAGUGGGGUCAACUUUGAUAUCAUUACAUUAGAAUCAGCUAUGAUAUGGUGUGAACUUUUACAAUAUGAUUGAAUUAAGACAACAAAAGAGGGGGAAAAAAAGAUAUGAUCAAACACCACAGGUUACAGUUAAUAAAUGGUUAGACUCAAUGUAUUUUCUCUGUAGAUACAUUUUCUUUGACUAAAAAGUUACACAUAUUAAGAUUUACUUCACAUGUUUUUAACACAAUAGACAUAACAAUUCAUAUGUAAAAAAUCAAUACAUAGAGAGUAACCUAAGUGCCAUUUUAUUAGUGUUUGUUCAUCUUGUAUUCGUGCCUUUGUAUCUUCCUUACAUACUGACAUAGCAGAUACAAAAAUCACAGUAUGAAAACAAACACUGGAUACAUCUCUGUCUUUCUCUGUCUCUUUGUCCUCCUACAGUAAGUUCCGCCCACAGAGCAGCGAGCCACAGACGGAUGGCCUUUCUGUUUCCACAACAGCCGACGGUUCACAGCCAAAUGUAAGGAAACUGUGUGACACCCCUCCGCCUGCUCCUCAAGCUCACACACACAACCUGGCGUACUAUGACAACAUUAUCUGUCAGGUACGCCCCAACUCUCCUCAUGUGUGCUCUCCUUUCUCAGUCUUUGUUUGUCCUUUGUAGUUCAGUCUUUCCUGCAUGUACAGUAUCUUGUCUCUUGUCUACUUUAACCUAAACCUUUUCUCCUGUUUGUUCAUGGUGUCCUUUACAUUUGUACCCUCUACCAGCUCCUAAAGUGAUUUGAAUUAUAUCUAUUUGUAUUUUUUCCACACAUAAGCUCACCCUCUUCCCCUGUUAAACCCAUAACCUCUGAUAGAAAUAUCCGCCUAAAGUUGUGGGUUUAAUGCUUUUCACACACACCAAUUCCCUCAGAGGCCACCAGCAGCCGGCUAUACCUGGGAUUAUAAACCCAGAAACCCUUAUAACCACUUCCAGGUAAGCAGAGUGGAAAUGUUCAAAGCGUCCGCAGCGGCUCCCCUCCUUUUGCCUCGCUUUAAAUUCACCCCUCUAGUCACCAGAUGCUGCUCUCCUUUCUGCUUUUAACUUCACCUCUAAUUACUCUCACUGUAUUUGAUUGCAUAUCAGCUGUAUGCAAAUUGAUUGAUUGCCUCUUGCAAAGCUUCCAGUUUUUCCCUUCUGUAUUUGCUGCCUCUCUUACCUGUGCCUGUGCAGCUUCCUGAAAAGCUAAAUGAGAAACUUGGCCUCCAUUUUGUUUCGACUGCUUUUGCCAACACAGCCAUUUUAGGGUCCCUGUGCAGCAGGUUUCCCUGUUACUACCCUCCUGAAGGUUAUAUGUGUAGUGCUUCUAUGAAGUGAAUUUCAUUCUGUAGCAGCAUGCGUGUGUGUGUGUGUCCUUGAAUAUAAAUGUGUAUGCAUUAUUUUUUAUCUGUGUCUGUUUGUGUUGGGGGGCUGGGUUUGUGGGGAGAUUUAUGUGUGCCUCUCUCUGGUAUUCAUCACUCAUACUAGUCUGCUGGGUUACUAAGCCCACAUAUGGGGCUACUGAUGCCUGGUUUAUAUUCUAAUCUGGAUCAUAUUAACCCAACAGAGAUUAACCCUUUAAGGUCCAGGAGAUCCAGGAGGGUAAUUGCUCUCGUGACAGAGUUUUGUAGUUUCGAAAUCCUGUGUUCAAAAAAGCACUUAGCUAGAGUUGUCCGUGAGUCGCCAGUGCUGCAGAUCAAUGGUGCCCUACUUCCUGCCCGCUGUGCCCAUGACCUUCAUUUCUCUAAUGAACUAAUCGAUCAAUAGAUUGAACAUUUAAAAGUGGACACAUGCACAUGUGCACAGACACAAUAGCUCUGCACUCUGCAAUCACAAAGAUGUUUCCUUGAAUAUUAGUUUUCAUAGCGCUGAAUCAAAUAAAAACAUUGUGACUUCACUGCCUUAACUGCGCUCUGCUGGUAUUUCUUUGCAGUGGUUAUAGUUGAGUGACACUGACUUCUGGGUGCUUCAAAUGCCAGGCCAAGAGGCUAAAAAGCCCCUGCAGACAUGUUGGCUGCAGUACAGUUUUGUAAAUGUCAGCGGCCCCAUUUUCUUUUUCUUAAAUGCUGAGGAUGAUUUGUUAAUAAGAUGAAGACCUGACCAUGUAGGUCCAGGAUGGGCCUAUGCAGUGACCCUAGAACAAAAGCUAUACGUGUAACCAUGCAGAGCAGCUUAUUUUAUGCUAGUCAGUUUACUGAAAAUGAUGAAUUUCAUCUCUGAAAGUGUGAAGAAACUGUUUGUGGCUUACUAAACCCAAACACAUUAAAGGGAUAUUUCACUAUUUCAAAAGAGAGGUUGUUUGAAUUUCAUCUCACUAGUUGGAUACAGAUCAGCUCAGACCCAGACCUCAGAAACAGGAUUCUAGGUAUGCUACCGUUUAUACCAUUUAUUCUGACCCAAGCACUUUUCUUGAUUUAAGUGUGUGCUGUACUCAGAUUGUUUUCAACACUUUACUUCCCCUAGAGAAAGGCCAAUUUUUCUGGGCUACCUGCAGACACAACACAUAGACGUGCUCUUCUGCAUGCAGGUGGAUCCACUGAUCUGGUCUAAAAUGUACAAUUUACUGAUAAAAUGUGAGUUUUUUUGUAACUCUGCGGAAAAGGACUCAGCUGCAGACACACAAAUGCUUUGUAAUGAAGGAGUGUGGACCUCUGCUUGGUUUGUGGAAAAUGAAACAAUCUCACCAGUGAAAGUUGUUCUUUUUUCACAAAGUUUUACAGUAAAAAGAAAAGCAUGUCGAUAUUUUUACUUGUAGUUAGGAAUUAAUUCAGGUUUAUCACUCAAAAUGAUCUAAGUAUGUGGCAGAGUCGGCCAUAUUUUUCCAAAACUAUACUUUACCCAGUGUCCUGCUUCUUUCUGUGAUUUCCCAUUAAAGGGGCAGAGCUGGCCAGUAUCCAUUGUGGUUAGAACAACUGAGAUAUCCCUUUAAAAUGAAGAGUAUGUACUAUCUAUAUAUAAAAAAACAAGUCUGUAAAUCUGAGACAUUCCUCUCCACAGGAUGAGCCCCACAAACAGGCCGACCCUGCGAAGUCCCCUCAACCCAAGGAAGAAGGCUCCAUGAACAUCCUCAACUCACACUCCCCCAAACAUGAGAACAACCGUCCCACCUCUGUGGCCCACACUCCGAACAACACAGAGGAGAACGCUGAGGUAAACAUGCUCCAGAACAACUUGGUAUAAUAACUCCACCUAGAUUAAGUGUGCAGCGGGAGACCCAAAGUCUAAAAACACACUAAUAAUGAGACACGAAGAAAGGCAAACAGUUUUUACAAAGAGUAACGUGCACACAAUCUUUAAACAGUCCAAUCAGACUCUAAAAUCAAAUUUAAGCACAAGGUUAAUUCAAAGACACAACUUGAGAAGCACAAUAGUCUGUUUACAAGGCCGCCAUGCCAACGCUGAUCACAUAGUGGCGCCGCUGCCUCCUUUCCUUCCUCCACCUGCCUCUAAUGCUGGACUAAAACCUCUGGCUUGGACCAACUAAUGACUGACUCUCCUCUCUACUGAUGCCCUGCCUUGGUCUUUUGGCCAAUGAACUCUUGCUCCUUCAUCGCCUCCUCUCCUGUUUUCCCCCCCAAAAUCCCCCAAACCCCCCUCACCUCACCUCACCUCACCUCUGCCUGCCCCGCCUUACUGUCUCUCUCUGCUCGCAUGCAUUGGUGUUAUCAACAAAAAAGUGUCUGAAAACUUGCUAAAGACGUAAGUGGAAAUCAAGUGAAUCUGUAUUUGCGAAAUAUUCAUGUUUGCUAAUAAGUGGAUAUGUCUAGAUUACAUGAGGUCAAAGUAUUUGCUUGGAGUUGAUAUUUGAAUCUAUAUACAUAUAUAUAACACACACUGUGUCUUGGUUUUCAAUGUGAUUUAUAAUACUUUAAUGUACUUGAGGUUCUUUUGUACUUUUUUGAGUAUACAUGAAGGAUUAUAGUUCAAAGUUGUUGGAAUAAAUCUUUUUAAUUUUAUCCAGCUUGUCCCUGUGUGUUGCUAUGAGCUCUACUCUCCCCCCAGCCUCUCCAGUUUCUCUCUUUCUCUCUUUCUCUGCAUGUCUGCUUAUGAUGAAACUAACUACUGCCCAGCCGCUCCCAUGCUAAUAAUAACCGAAUGCACGGCUGACCCUGCUUUUUUGUGCUACAGUAGGCUGCUCACAGAUUACACCACACAAACAAUGGAGAGUGAGGGCCAAUUCAGCACCACGGAUAGCUCUCCAAAAUGAACCGGAGCUCAGAGGAACAGCCAUUCAUAUCUGAAAGAACUGCUUUGUUUUUUUUAUUAUUGCUGACUGUAUUUUUUACUUGAGAAUAUUUUCUUUGUGCCUUAAAUCUUUACUAUAACACGUUUUACGUCUCAUCACAUUAGAGGCUAAUAAUGUUUAUUCUAAGCUCACCCUCGUUCCACUAUUUCUUUAUUAUAUUCUUGAAUAAUUUUCAAUAUAUCCUCUUCCAUUUGCCCAUAAUUAGCACUGUGCAUGUGGAUUGUCCUGUAUCCAUACAUGUAUGGCUAAAUGGGAUUACAGGCUAAAAGGGUUCACUUUAGAGUCGUCCAGAUCGGGUUUUUAAUCAUGUUUUUCCAGGUAUCAAAAGUGACAGAUCUGCUCCAGCAAUUAAACUAACAGUUCAGUUAUAGUAUUCAGUAAUAAUGGGCAGCAUUUUUUAAGCUCAAGCAUGAACUAGAUACUGAUUUACUGAUUUUCAGGAAUAGUUUCAUCAACAUCCAAGCUGUAGAUUUUUUUAAAGCACAUCCAAGUGAUUAUUUUAUACCUACUUCAUUCACGAUACAACUUGCUUUAUUUAUCGCAGUGAUAAACCAACAGAGAGCUGAAAGCACCUCUCAGCUCAUUCACUUUUACUGUUUUUUUAUUGCGAUUACCUGCUCGAAUGGUAGACAGCCAGAAGAUAGUGGCCGACUGUUAAUCAGAGGGGUGUGUUUUCAGCAGCCAGAGCCAGAAAUGAAACGCCAUGAAGAGACAGAUUGGCCCAACAUUCCCCAGUUGGCUGCAAAAACAAAUCUAAUGGUUAAGUGUUCACAGCUUAACAACAUAAGCUAAAAAGCAGUGGCCAGAGUGUAGAGAACUGAGGGGCAUGAAUUAGUAAACACUUGAAAAUAAGAACCACAAACAAGUUUUAGACGUAACUUGUAUAGAAAACAAACCAUCUACAAAUGGGGUUACAAGUUGCACCACUUAGAAUGGACUGAAAGAUGGACAACAUGCCAAUGCAUAAAAGUGAAGCCAAAACACACACCCCAGAUAUUACUGAUAUCUUGCACAUCGGCACAAACUAGCAGGUGGAGUCAUAGUUUUGACGUCUGACCCUCUCUGCUAAGCAACACAGAACUUGGUGUAAAAACUGUGAGAAUCCCCCAAAGUGGUAGAGGUGGCAGCAUACAAUAGCUGCUUUAGUCGGCCUGUAGUAUGCAGACAGUUAUGGGAAGUCCACUGAAUCCAGCAACACAAGAAUCAAUAAACCUGAAACAGUCUUAAACAACCAUGUUUGAAUAAAGGAAGAUGCCUCUGAACCCUACACACUUGUCCUGGUGUAAGAAACGUCCCCAUUGGAUCAUUGUCUCAUUCUUCAUCCAUGCCUUGUCUACUUUCAUUUCACUGUUUUUUUUCCCUAUCAUUAUUGCAUCCUUGUCCACUUACCAUAUUUCCACAUCAGGAUGGAGUCACCAUCGGCCUGGAGGUGCUCCUCCCUAAAGAUGCCAAGCUACACCCAGAGACCAAACCACCUCUUCAGUACGACGUCUUCCUCUACAAGGUUGGAGCCAACAAUGGAGACCCCUCUGCAGCUCCAAGUCAGGCCCUCUCAGUUCACAGCAUUGACUCUCACUCUUCUCAUCCCAUGCCAAGAUCACCAAAAACACCCACCACACCCAAGUCGCCAAAGGUGCCUGAGUCACCCAGACAGGCCCAGAAUCAACCACACAGCCCCCGUGAACCAUUGUCUGGGAAGCAUUCCUCGCCUUGCCCUCACCCCUCACCAAGUCACCAGCCAUCACCCAGUCCUCAGUACAUCCCUCAAUGCCAUCCGUCCUCCUCCUCCUCCCUCCACACCCCCUCACAGUUCAAAAGCAUGCCCAUUUCCUCUUCCUCACCUCUGUUACGAAGGCCCAGGGGUCGCUCAGAGGGUCACGGAUCAGAGCACGACGAGGCAGGGAGAGAAAUUGCUCACAUUCGUCCAUCCCCCUCUUCUCCUCACCUCACUCAGCCUCCCCCAUCACCAUCCAGGAUGAAAUACAGCCCGGCCAGCACCCAGUCCCUGCCCCCACUCUCCUGACCAGGGCCCCCAUUUGACCCAGCAUCCUCACAAACGCACAAACAUCCAUCAUUAUCUAAUCAAUCCAGUGAUCAUGGAUCUAACUCUUUCAUUAGGGAUUUACAGAUCAUUCAUCCAUCCAUCCCUCCAUCUUUCCUACAGUUAUACUUUCAGGACAAGCAUCACAACCUGUCUCAGUCCUUGGAACCAGGACGGAACAUCAUGGACACUUUGAAAUCACAACUUCUCAAACUCAGACAGAGAUGCAUCAAAAUGCACAGAUUAAAAAUGUAUUAAAAACAACUUCUCAUUACUCAGGUUUCUCCUCACACAAGCACAAAGUAAACAGCACACCAACACGUGAACACACUCCCCCAGCAUGGUGCCAACGUCAGCGAGGAUAUGAAUCAUAAAGGUUUUAUAGAGGUUUACCACGUUAGCCUUAGAGUUAUCAAUGCUUUACAUGUUUUUUGCUAUUGUGUGUGUAAGUUUAUGUCAUGUUUUCACAGGCAUUUUGGGGAUGUUUUUCAAGUUUCUAAUCCUAAAUAAAUCAGUAAUACAUCAAAGUUUGCA